GUCUCCACAGCUUAUAUGUAUAAGCAUAAUAUAUAGCUAGAGAGAGAGACUGAUAGUGGGAGGAGAUUAUUUGAUAAUGGAGAUUAUCUCAGCAACUCCAUAUCUUCCAAUAUCUGAAGAAAGUAUUGAUCUUGAUGAGUUAUUCCAAAUCUCUUGUAAUCCUCAUCACCAUCCACAACAAUUACUUACAGUACCUCAAAAAGAUGGCGAAGUGCCGGAUUGCGGCCGGCGCCGGCGUAAAUCACCAGCUGCUUUUGGAGUCAAAGAUGAUGAUCAUGAUCAUAUGAAGCCUGAUCAGAAUAAGAGGCAGAAAUUAAUCACACAUAGAGACAUUGAGCGACAAAGAAGGCAAGAGAUGGCUACCCUCUACAACUCCCUCAAGUCCUUACUCCCCCAUGAAAUUCUCAAGGGGAAGCGAUCGACGUCGGAUCAAAUUCAAGAGGCAAUGAAUUAUAUAAAAAAGUUAGAGACCAAGAUUCAAGAGUUGGGUGACAAGAGAGAUGGAUUAAUUAAGAGAUCAUCAUCGUCUUCUUCUUCUAAUUGUUCCUUAUUGGAUGAAUAUUGUUCAAGUGAUCAAUUAUUCAUGGUGCUGGUUGAGCCUUGUUUGGUUGGAAUAAGGGUUAUUAUAAACACAGAACUGGGAGUUCCUCUUUCAAGAUUUCUUCAUCUUCUUGUUGGAGAAGAGCUUAGUGUAAUUAGCUACACUUCAAGUAAAGUGAAUCAAAGGAUGCUCCACAGUGUAGACUGCCAGGUCAGUGAUGGGAGAAGCAUUGAUGUGUCUGAACUGCAACAGAAGCUAACAAACUCAUCAGUAAUUCCAACCACAACUUAAUUUCAAUCAAAGCCCCCUUUUGUUUUAGGGCAAGAGUUAUUUUGUCUAGUAUGUAUGUUUAUAUGAGCCUGGAUGUCUUUCUGUGCUUUUUCAGAAUCUGUGAAAAAAAUAAUAAGACCAUUUAUAUAGAAAAUCAAUGGCAUUGAAGUACUACCGAUUGAGCAUGAAAUCAUGAAAUUGUUUGUGCUUAAUUUUAGCUUAAAA